AUGCAAGAUGUGAUCAAGACACUCUCCAGCGACGGUGGCCUCUAUCGUGUCAAGCAGCUGCUUCACCAGGACUUCGACUCAUUUCCAGACGCCAAGCUGGAGACUGUGUGGACGACUCAGCUUGUGCCAUUCUUCCACCUCCUGUCACACCAGAGCGUGCUGAUGUCCUGGGUCAUCGAAGCUCAGCAUGCAACGCUCAUUGUAUUCUUCGAGCGUUCUGGAGGAAACGAGCUCCUUGAGAGCUGCAUAUGCGUCCUAGACAACCUUUUCGCCAGGAGCAGCCAUGCGAAGAUCAACCCUGACCUGAAGACCGUCACCGAGGCCAUGCUCUCUCUGGCAGAGAAUGUCAAUCGCUCUCGCUCGCUUGAGAGACACGUUUUGGCGAUUCGCACCGCGCUGAACCUCGAGAUACCAGAUGUCAAACCAGUUCGUGCUCCGGUCGCCAAUUCGAAUCGGCCGACAUUCACCAUUGCUCAAGACCUUCCGGGUGACUUGUCGGAAGAUGGAGCUCGUCACGACAACGACAGUGCCGACAUCACAGAGAUUGAUAUCCUCCCAACGAUUGAGGAAAUUCUUAGCCCUCGGCUUGAGUACCUUCCACGAGACGACCCCAGUGAGUGGCACCUACCAGGUGUUGAGGGCCUCAUCGCUCGUCACUUCCGCCUGCUGCGCGAAGAUAGCGUCGGCCCACUCCGUGACGCUGCGAAAUUCGAACUCGAGCGUCUGCAGAACCCGCUCGACCCAACCAUCAAGUCGAAAGAUCCACACGGUGCGCGUACAAGCCUGUACCCGAACAUCCACUUCGAGAAAGCCAUACAUGACGAUCAAAAGGGUGUCCUCUUCGUCUUCGCAUUCGACCAACCACCGCAUCUCCGCAAUGCUACCCUCGAGACACGUGGGAAAUGGUGGCAAGAAUCAAAGCGCCUCGAGUCAGACUCUUUAGUCUGUCUGCUUUCUUCCGAUGGUGACGCCACUUUUCUGGUGAUUCAUUCACCUUCAUUCGCGGAUAACAAGAAGAGCAGCACGCAGAAGACGAUCGAUAAGUACACUCUAGCUGGCGGUGGCAACGUUGGCUACGUGAUCGCCCAGCUCACAAGCCAGGAUGGGGACGAGGUGUCGUAUUUCCUGAGGCGUUGCUUCUCCAUGCGCCGCGACCAGCUUCAGCACUCUCUGAUCGAGUUUCCCGGUGUCAUCUUGCCAGCAUUUGAACCAACACUCUCAGCCCUGCAACAAAUGGCCGAGACCCUCGACAUACCUUUCACGGACUAUCUGCUUCCAAGUGGAGAGGCUGGCCAGGAGCUACCAGCGUAUGCAUCAGGACACAACUUCAGAUGGAACCUCCAGUCCAUUGUGAAAGGCUCGACACCAGGUGGUGUUGAAGAUGAAGGCCUGGAAGAAGUUCUACAGGAGAGUAGCCUCGACAAUGCUCAGCAGAGAGCUGUACUGCACUCGCUCAGGAGUCAAGUCGCCUUAGUCCAAGGCCCACCUGGUACCGGAAAGUCGUUCACCGGCAUCAAGUUGAUCCAAGCCCUUCUCGACAAUCGAAAAACGGCGAACCUUGGGCCCAUUAUCUGUGUGUGCUACACCAACCAUGCUCUAGAUCAGCUUCUGGAACAUCUUAUUGAUGCGGACGUGAAGAACAUCAUCCGUAUCGGCUCACGCUCCAAGUCAGAGCGUCUCGCCGACAUCAAUCUUCGAACCGUUGCACAAAAGAUGGAUCGUACCAAGACUGAGAGGCAAGAGUACGGCAAAGCAAGAGGUCUUAUGGAGAAGGCCAGCAAGAGCAUCACGACAGAGCUCACUCGCUUGUCCAGCGUCAACUCUCAAGAUGGCAAAGCGCUGGAGGUGCUUCUGAAGGAGAGGUAUCCCGGAUUGUAUGAGAAGAUCUUCCAGGAGACCGAUGAAGAUGGCUUCCAGACCGUCCAUCACAGUCGGCGUACUUCACCCCUGGACAGAUGGCUGCAUGGUACAGCGCCUAUCUCACUUCGCGGUGAGACUAGACCGCUCUCUGAGCUCGAAUCAGGUCGCGUGGAACCGCAGGCAAUGACGAGCAGAGAGCGACAGAGUCUUUAUAACUCAUGGACAGAGAAAAUAUCAGACGAGGCCUAUCAGAAUCUUGAGAUGCAGCUCGAUUUGCACAAAGACCGCAAAGACGACACGGACUCAAUCCGGGGAGAAGUUGAUCUGCGCAUCCUCUCUAAGGCGAACGUGAUCGGUAUCACAACGACUGGCUUGGCUCGCAGCAUCAAGCAUUUGAGGAAGCUUACUUCGAAGAUCCUUGUGGUUGAAGAGGCUGGCGAAGUGCUGGAAGCACACCUUCUUACAGCGAUGCUUCCUUCGAUUGAGCACAUGAUCCUGAUUGGUGACCAUCAGCAACUUCGGCCGAAGAUCCAGAAUUACGAUCUGUCUGUCGAAAACCCACGAAGCGCGAUCUCGCUGGAUGCCUCCCUCUUCGAGCGAUUGAUCAGCACAUCCGACAGUAUCCCCUUCGUGACUCUGGAGACUCAACGCCGGAUGCACCCUUCAAUCUCAGAGCUCGUCCGCUCGACUCUGUACCCAAAAUUGCAGGACGCAGAGUCUGUCAAGACAUACCCAGAUGUGAUUGGCAUGCGUCACCGACUCUUUUGGAUGGACCACGACCGGCCAGAGGACAGCCAAGUCGACCAAAUGCAUUCAACCUCGCACACAAAUACAUAUGAGGUCGACAUGGUCGCAGCUCUAGUAAAUCACCUCGUAGGACAGGGUGUGUAUCGCUCCAAAGAAAUCGCCGUGCUCACACCAUACCUGGGUCAGCUGAGGAAGCUUCGGCGAAAGUUUGGCGACGCCUUCACCAUCUUGUUGAAUGAACUCGAUACUUUGGACCUUGAGCAUGAUGGUGACGAGGAGGAUGUGGCCAGCAGCAAGAGUGAAGCCCAGAAGCCAGCUUCACAGAUCGCCAAGGGUACGCUUUUGCAAGCUUUGCGUCUUGCAACCGUGGACAACUUCCAAGGAGAGGAAGCCAAGGUUGUCAUUAUCUCGCUGGUGCGCAGCAACGAGCAGAGAAAGUGCGGCUUCCUGCGCACGUCGAACAGGAUCAAUGUCUUGCUCUCCCGAGCAAUGCAUGGGAUGUAUAUCAUCGGCAACUCCAAGACGUCGGAGCAUAUUCCCAUGUGGAAGCAAGUCCUCGAAAUUCUACAUGCAAACGGCAACAUCGGGCCUGCGAUUGAGCUUUGCUGUCCUCGUCACCCCGAGACGCCUCUCGCCAUCACGGAGCCGAACCAGUUCGCUCACAUAUCUCCAGAAGCGGGUUGCAGCCUCUUGUGUGGCAAGAUGCUGCCUUGCGGUCAUGCUUGCCAAGGCAUGUGUCAUUCAGACACCCUCCACAACGCAAAGUACUGUCCCAAGGAAUGCACUCGACCCAGGAAAGGCUGCCAGCAUCCUUGCGAUCAACCAUGUGGAAAGCAAUGCCCUGAGAUUUGCAAGACUGUCGUCGAGGACAUCGAUAUCGAGCUUCCCUGCGGUCACCAUGUGACUCAACUGAAGUGCUGGCUGUACCAGGAUCCUUCGCUGGUGAAGUGCAAGGAGCCAGUAGAGCGUAUUGUGCCUGGGUGCGACCACAAGAUCGUGCAGCCUUGCCACCAGUCGACGACGGAUCCUCUGUUCCAGUGUCUGGAAUCAUGUGGCGCCAGUCUACCUUGCGGACACAUCUGCACAAAUAAUUGCAACACGUGUCGGCCACGGAGCGGUGGAGAACUUGUCUUCAACGAACCCAACCACGGCCAGUGCAAUACUCCAUGCGGACGCAGCUUCAACAGCUGCUCGCAUUCUUGCAGUGCCCCUUGCCAUGGCGAAAAGCCUUGCCCGCUCUGCACAGCAAAGUGCGAGUCCAGCUGCGUUCAUUCGGAUUGCGCCAAGAAGUGCCACGAGCCAUGCACUCCUUGUGCAGAGGAGUCGUGCUCCUCGAAGUGCCCACACUCGGCCUGCAAUCUUCCCUGCGCCGCACCUUGCGACUGGGUACCUUGCAACAAGCGAUGCGAGAAGAGAUUGAGUUGUUCGCAUCAGUGCCCAAGCCUUUGCGGAGAAGUGUGCCCUUCGCCACAGUCCUGCCAGAUCUGCGCACCCGAUCAAGUGAAGGAUAUGUGCGUGGAUCUCAUCACGAUGCAGACGUAUCAGGAGGUCGAUCUGGAUGCUGACCCAUGCAUCACUCUGAACUGUGGCCACAUCUUCACUCGGGAAAGUCUCGACGGUCUCAUGGAGAUGUCGACUCACUACAACCUUGAUCCCAGUACUGGAGAUCCAGUGGCGAUCAACGGCGAGCUGCUUCCUCUGUCGUACGACAAGCCAAAGGUCUGCCCGAGUUGUCGAGGGUCUCUUCGGCGAGUGUCGAGAUACGGACGCAUUGUCAGACGCUCGCUACUGGACGAGAGCACCAAGAAGUUCAUUACCUGGUCGAAUCGCACAUACGUGCCGCUGGCCGAGCGUCUUCAGACUUUACAAGCUAGCCUCAAAGCCACGGAAGGAAACGUCCUCCUUCCGCCAGGAGAGAUACGGCUAGGUGGCUCUGCCAACUUUAGACGAGCUCUCCAAGGACCGCGGUACAGAAGCAUCCUCAGACUCGGCCAUGAGAUGUUCAACUUCUCUAUCAAGGUCAAAGCGGAAGAACAGCCCUUCCAACGUGUGCGAGAUCUUGUCGAAGCAGCACGUCGCCGCGAGAAGGCGGACAUUCCAGAGUUCAACUUCGAUCAGACGAUCCUUCAGACUCGCGGUCAGCUGCUCGCCAAAGCAUUGCUUCGCCGGACAGAACUCGUGAUUGUGACCGACCUCGUUUCUGUUUGGGAGAACAUGCCAGCACAUGCUCGCUCCAGGGUGACGUUGACUCUGGACUUCGCCGACCACCGCAAGCUGUGCGAUGAGCUUCUCCAGGACGCACAGGCAUCGAAGAACGUCCUACAACAAGCGGAGGCUCUCAUUUUCUGGGCACAGUUUGCAGCUCUGGAAUGCACGAUGAGUACUGGCGACAACACUGCCCACGUCGAACACCUGAAGCAAGAAGCCCACCCAAAACUCGACGAAGCCCAAACCAUCUGCGACCGCUUCCCAGGCCAGACCCAGAGCGUAUCUGAGGAAGUCGCCGGCGUGCGUGAAAUGCUCAGCGACAACCCUAUCAGCGCUACCGAAAUGCACAUGGUCGUCGCUGCCAUGGCGACCGAGUUCAGGGGUACGGGACAUUGGUACCGCUGCGUCAAUGGCCACCCGUUCACUAUCGGCGAGUGCGGUGGCCCUGUAGUAACGUCGAGAUGUCCGCAGUGUGGAGCUCAGAUUGGAGGUCAGCACCAUAUGGCGGCUGAGGGUGUCACUAGGGCGGAUGAUAUUGAGAGGGAGUUUGCCGGUCUGAGAGUUUGA